UGAUUAGCAUUUAGCAUUCUGGUUCCCUUUCGCCUUACUUAACCCGCGAAGGCCCAAACCAAACAUCAGAGCGCAGAGGCUACAGAGAUUCUCCGAACGAUUUUGGGUUUUGAUUUCGACUGACGCCUCAUUGUUGUUUCAGUUUAAUGGCUCAACGUCGGCGAAUCGAAACCCUACCGGAUGCAAGUAGGGAUCUAAUAAGUCAUCUGCCGGUAGAGAUAAAUGUCAGAAUUUUGGAGUGUUUGCCCAUUCGAGACGCUGCCAGAACUGCUCUGCUCUCAACCCACUGGAAUGAUGUUUGGUUGCAGCAUGGGCAGCUUGCGUUUGAUUUGAAAUUCUUCUUCCGUUUAGGAGAACGCAAAGGUCGUAGCCGCUUACCUUACGUUAAAAUAAUAACAUACAUUCUCUUGCAGCGUGUUCGACCCGUGAAGAAAUUUAGUCUAGCCAUUGGUUCUCUAAGAUUACAUGAUCCUAAGCUGGAGCAGUCCGAUUUAGAUCAGUGGUUUCUUUUUCUAUCAAGAAAUGGCGUUGAGGAACUUUCCGUCUCUCAUGGGGAAGGUCGAUAUAAGCUGCCUCUUUGUAUAGUCUCGUGCCCGACGAUCAAGCAGCUAACACUCUGCUCUAUGUCUUUUGAUUUCCCACUAAAUGCUCCUUGUAUUUUUCCCUGUGUCACUUCAUUAGCUUUCUCGAGUGUUUAUUUUAAUCAUAAUGUUAAUGGAAUUGUGUAUAGUAUUCCUAAUCUUGAGAAGCUUGAUUUAAUUGAUUGUGAAGGGAUCAAUAAUUUUAAGAUUAGUGCUCCAAAACUUGAAAGCUUGUCUAUUUGUGGUACUACUAUGUGUUCGGUUGAAUGGAGAUGGUUUGCACUUCAUUUGAAAGCAAUUAAGGUUCUUUGCAUUGAUGGCGACUUCUUGUAUUAUUUGAAAGAUGUUGAAGUAGCCUCCUUCCCAACUGCAAUAAAUCUGCAAGUAAUCAAACUGUAUUCUUUAGAGUUUGCCAUUGAAAAGGAGCUCGAGGUUGUUUUGCAGUUGCUUCAAAAAUCUCCCAACCUAUGUGAACUGGAAAUCACAGGAGCGUAUUCAGAUGAUGACAUAGAAGAUGAGCAGAUGGAGGAUGAUGACAUAGAAGCUGAACGCAUAGAAGCUGCACGCCUAAAAGCUGCACGCAUAGAAGCUGCUUCAAGACUUUUGAAGGAUCCAGAGAGUUGCAUUAUUAGUCAGGAUCUAAAAAUGCUUAAAACAAUCGAGAUUGGGAUGUUUUGUGGAUCCACAAUUGAAAUGCUUUUUGUGAAAAUGCUGCUCUCAAAAUCCCCUAUACUAGAGAAAGUAGUUAUUACGGAAGCUUUUUAUAUAAAAGAUGGCUGCAUGGUGAUCAAGUUCCUAAGGGAGUUGCUGUGCUUCCCUCGGGCAUCUCCAAAAGCACAAAUUGUCAUCAAGGGCAAAGACUAUGCUUAAGGACUGGUUGGUUUAACCAUAUGAUGAAGCUCAAUGGGUUCAGUUUGGAUGUAAAGGAUGCACUUUGUUUCCUAUGUUGUUCAGUAAGUAUAAUGUUAGUAAAGUAUUUUGAAUUCGGAAGCAGUAGACUCCAAGAAUGUGAUUCUUUUGCUAAUGUUAUUCUACUAGAUUUUAUA